AUGUACACUCUUGAAACGCUUGGAACACUUCACAAAGCUUGCCGACACCACAUCCUGGAAAUAAUGCUGGAAGCUGUUGUAAUUAAAUGUAUUGGUCCAUCUAGUGGUCCUGAUAUUUUAUUAUUUAAAAGGUUUAAAAAAUCAUGGCCUACAAUUUGUAAAGAUGACUUCCAAACUUUAAGCAGUUUACCGGCUGGUAGUUCUGCUACCCUUUUGAAGGAUACUGAUUUUCUAGUUAGCUCUUGCCGCAAAAAGCUCGAGGUGUUUCCGCCUCGGGAUGAUUAUAAGGAACUUUUGGAGUAA